AUGGGCCAGGAAGUUAGAAGAAGAGCCGCCAGAGAAGAACGAAGCAGAGAGAAGAUGAUGACGAUGGCGAUGGCAGCCUCAGCUCGUGAAACGGUCAUCUUGACCCUUCUCUCCCGCCUCCUCUUCUUCUCCUCCUUCUCAUCCCCGAGUCAACAUAGGUGGUGUAACUGGUUAACUGCCGAAGUUCGGCCAUCCCAUGCACCAAACUUACUCCCGUUUUAUCUUCCGGGCUUCUUCACAUCUGCUGCCCUCGAUCUCUGCCUGAAAGAAGCAAAACCCGAGGUUUGGCUGGUUACAUCAUGGUAUACAUGCAUGCAUGCAUUCGGUACAUGCAAAUCACAGCGGGUACAUGGGAAGUCACUUCGAUACGGUAACUCCAUGCAUGCAAAAGCCGGAGAGAAAAAGAGACGAGGGAACGAGAAGGGAGAAAAAAAAGAAAAGAAGGAAGAAGAUGCUCGAGGCAAGAAGGUGGAUUGGCCGGCAGUCGAGGCGAGGACGAGAGAGACGAGAUGCAUCAAGGUCCAAAAGCCUUGUUUCCACCUGUUACAUCGGCGGUACAAACACAAGGGUGCAAAAUGA